GGCUUCCGACGCGGCUACAGAUGUGCGGCAGGCGACCCGCGAGGAGAUGAGCGAUGCCAAGCUCCCACUCGCCUACAGAGACAGCUGCGCCCACCUUCUGAUCCCCCUCAACAAGUGCCGACGAGAGACGUGGUAUGCUCCGUGGAAGUGCACGGACGAGCGACACAGCUACGAAAAGUGCCAGUACGUCGAGUUCAAGAAGCGAGUCGCCAAGAUGAACGAGCUGCGGGAGUCAAAAGCCGGUGCGCGAAGCAACUAGGAGGGUGCUGGAAGGACGAAGAAACAAAGUGUACAUAUCCAUGCAUGAGAAAUGGGAAUAGAGAAAUUUUCAAGGAACAAGGCCUCGAAUGGGUGCGCAAAUAAUGUCUUG